AAGAUGUUCGAUCUCAAGACGAAGAUUUUCAUCGGCAUUGGGAGUGGCUUACUGUUUGCUGCCAUUGUGCUGAUAUGUGUGGUCCUCAGUCUUUUCUUCAAAGUUUCCAGUGUACUGAAAGCGGCAAAGGAAUGCUAUCCAAGCAAGUUCCAGAGCAAGGUCAUCCCAUCUAAAGUCGGCAGCGAGUCUUGUCCUGCCCUCCCGUGCUGUGAUGAGUAUAGCCUGUACACAGAUUAUGAUUCCCUGCCACCUUGCUAUUGUAGCACAAAUGAGGGACUCUGA